AUGUCAUCAAGGCACCGAAGCACCCUCGCUGGGCCCAUCCUUCGCGUUCGAACCGGGUGCUUGACAUGCCGCGGCCGCAAGAAGAAGUGCGACGAGACGAAGCCGUGCUGUCGCGGCUGCCAACGCAACGAGUUCGAUUGUCAAUGGCCGGCCCCGGCAACCCGUAGGAGGGAUCCGGCACGGGAUGAAGCAGCACCUUUGCCCAGUGCCGCGCGGCAAAGGGCUGGCACCGCCGCUGCUGCAUCUCGGCCCUCCAAGUCACCCGAGGCAAACACAGCCGUUGCUCCGACACCACAAGCAUACGACGAGACGCCGCCGAUGUCAAGAUCCCAGCCGACGUCAUAUGCUGCUAACGGGAGCCAAGAGGACGACAUCCUUGGGCCUCUUUCUGCUCAUGAGAGCCCCGUCGAUUUUGCUGCGGCACUGGACCCUCUUUGUUUCCCUACCGCUUCAGACGAGUGUCACGACAACGAGCUUCUGGACGACAACUUGGUCGCGCCACUAAGCGCACUACCGAGCCCUGGGGUUCAGGUCCCGAGGCAGCUGUCCUUCUUGCCCGGGAUCACUGACAGCAGCUCGAUGGACUUGCUGAGCCACUACCUAGGCGUGAUGACGGUCAGCAUGGCCAACGGGUCGACGCCGGAUAACCCCUUUUGCGUGCAGUUAAUCCCAUUAGCCUUUGGCAGCAACUUUGUGCUGCAGCUGCUCCUGACGCAGAGUGCCGUUCAUAGGGCGUCCAAGUGUCUGAGCAGUGGAGACCGGGUCGCGAACCAAUACUACGGCCGGUCGAUUCGUCUAUUCCAGCGAAGCCUCUCGAGCUUUAUUGGCGGGCAGACGCUCGAGCAGAAGCUCACGAUGGGCAUCGGUGCACUGAUUCUAUGCUUCAUCGAGACAGCGAAAGGCGAUAUAAAUGGCGCCAUCUUCGAUCACCUCAUGGCGGCCCAGCCGCUUUUGCUUCCAUCUUUAACUCUCCGCAGCCGAAUACCGAAAGGCCUUCAAGAUUUCUUGACCGAGUAUUACGUUUAUACGGCAACGUUGAGCAUGAUCUCCAUCGACGCUCGCGUAAAUGACCAGCUGUUCCUCAGUAGCGACCUGGUACCGCUGGCGACAGAUCUAGUAGCGGCAUCCUAUGUCGGUAGUCUGUGUGGUUGUUGGCUAGACCUACUACUCUUGAUACCAUCAAUAUUCGAACUCGACCGCCGCUUGUUGUCUCAUACAGAAGACCCGAGUUGGCGACCCUCGGCGAACGACUUUUUCACCUGGACACCGAAUCUGGCAGUCAGUUCUGAGAUUAUCGUUCUCGCCGGCUACGUGUAUCAAAAAGCAGUGCUGUUGUACCUGUACACAACGCUCUACCCUCUCUCACAAGACGAUGGCGACCGUCAUCGCGAUGAUGACGAUCUGUCAGUGACAAUGACCCAGGCGGCCUUAUCUGAAGCCCUCGCGAGCCUCGCACAGCUGCCCCCGAACGUCCAGGUCAACACAAGCCUCUGCUGGCCGAUCGCCGUAGUCGGCUCUUGCGUGGUGGAUGAGGGACAGCGGAGUUUUCUUCGCGAGCGACUCGAGCACACGUUCUCUGCUAUUGGGCUAGGGAACAUGCGUCAGACUUCGGUGUUGCUCCAGCACAUAUGGGACGAUUGUGAUAAAAAGGGAGGAGGAAUCGUCGACUCGGGACCGUGGAGCAAAUGCCGCGUGAUGAACGACCGUCAACUGUGGAUUUCGUUUGCUUGA